AAUAAGCAUAUUUAAUGCAGGCAAAAGAAGAAGUGCCUGAGGCGGUGGAUGACACAUGGGUAGUGAGCGGCCAGUCACCACAACAACAGGAACUCAUAGAGCGACAUCCAACAGACAAGCCAAUCCGGAUUGAAGGCCCAUUCUCCAUAUACCUCCGCAGCAGUGCCAUCUCCUACUUUUUGUUGCGAGCCGAGCCAACACCAAUCCGAGUGGUGGAGAUAGACUCUGAUGAUGUGUCCAACAUCCCCAUCACUGUCCUUGGUGAGAAGCCUGCCUCGGAUCUGGUGAAACCGUCCACAGUGCACGAGCAGUCAGAUGGGAUUAUUCUUGCCAUGGCUGCCACAGGCACUUCAACGAGGGACUCUCUCCUAUCCUGGCUCAGGAUAUUGCAGGUUCGGAACCCAAAACUGAAAGAUAUCCCAGUGGUUUUUAUGUUGAAGGCACCUAGCAAGUCGCUAGUGACUGCGAAUCAUCCGCAGGAAGAGUUUGAAAGCAUUGCCGAGAACGAAAGCUCAACGGACAGUGAGUGCAGUGCAGAUGCAAAUUCAAGUGUGUCUACUACAUCGGCACGAAACUGCGAAGCUGCUGAGGUGGAGAAGACGUGAUGGCACCACGUGUAGUGUACAUAAGGGACAGUAAUAAAUCUGCUUGUUGAAGUUGUCAUUCA